CCUCUGCUUUCUUCUCUGUGGUCACAGUCAUGUUUCAGGUUAAAACGUUGAAAACUAUAAUAUUAUUGUCUGUUAAAAUUUCAAAUUCAUAGUUCCAGUGAUUGUGAAUUCUAUUUCAACUACUUACUUACUUAAGAAGACUACAAUUAUAAACCAGAAACAAUCUCUUUCACAUUAUGUCAAUAGUAACACGUAAAAGAUUAUAUUCUGAAUUGGAACGAGAAAACGGCAGGCAGUUUAAAGUAAGAAUACGUGAUAAAGAUCUAAAUGAGAAAAGCGUGUUGAGGGAAGCCAAUAUGAUGAGAAUUUAUGAGAAAACGAAAGCCCUCCUAUUUUCUGGUGCCAACUGCUCGGAUUUGAAAUCUUCAAAGAAAAAUGUAAACUCAGAAGACAUUCAGAAGUCAGCUCUGCCUAGUCAUGGAAAUGGAUGUAGGAGGUGUUCGAAAAUCGCGCUCGAAAAAUGCUAUUACUGUGAAAACAGGAUCUGCUCAUUGUGUCUAGUCAGUUGUGAAGCCUGUGGUAACUUCUACUGUAACAGCUGCUGUAUACCAACGUUUUGUGGGAAUAGUGAAUGUUUGACGUGCCUUGACUGUCUCAACAAAUGAUUAUAAACAAGUUCAACAGCUGCGAAAACAUUCUAACGACUGAUAGGUAAUAUUGUGCGGUGCACCAAAAAACGACUUAUUAGAACUUUUCCGUGUUAUUUUUAAUUAGUGAAAUAGGUUACUAUAUUUUUGUAUCAAACAUUGUAUGCUACAUGCAAUUUGGUAAUUUUGAGCCAGUGAAGGUGAACGGUGGCAUGUAAUGAUAGCCAUCUACUCUUUCGCGCUCGUCGUCAUUCGUACGCACUCUGCAAGAGUGUGGCGCUGGCAUUAGAAUAGUUGAUUUCAAACCUCUUAUAGACCGCUUCCUUUUCUCUAAAAUUGUCGACACUGGAAUGUCUGCAGGGGUAAUCACAGCAGGAGGAAGGCUGUUAGCUCUAUCACUUUCUUCGCCUGUUUCAUCUUCACCAUUCAUUUAAUUUGCUAUAUCAAUACAUUUUUGUGCUCUCUCCACUUUUUCUCCUAUUAUUUCAUUUUCUCCACCUUCUUCAUUAUUUUCUUUGCUUGCUUGCUAAUCACCUCUUUCUGUUCCUCCCAGAUAAUAAAAUGAAGAUCAUUAUAAUUUCGAUCAGUGUUAUCAUUUUAUUUUUUAUCUGUGACACUGAAAGGAAGCAAAUGGGUAAAUGCCAAACAUUGCAAAGCCUUCUUUCUUGAUUGGCUGAGUGCGGUGGCUGCUGUUAGGAUGUAUUUCAAUAUUUUUAUCUUUUAAUUAAUUGCUUUCAGCUAAACAUGUAAUAUACGUUAUUGUGUUUAUGUUAUUGGAGUCUCUGCUGAUGGGGUCCAAGACCCUCCAAGUAUUUUUUAAAAGUUUGGCUGUUCAUAUGCCUAAAUUGGACACAGCCAACUUGGCCAUCAUUUAUUCGUAAAUGGUCAAGCUUCUUCAUAGCAAAAUUGCCUGUGCUCAUUGAGCAAGCCACAGUUACUGCUCUACUUCCCCUUUUACCAGCAGGAGCAAUGUGCUUUGAAAGCUUGAGUAGAACUACUUAAAAACAACUCUCAUGCAUAUAAUACAUUUGAGAGGGCUAAAAAUGUUUUGUUUUGUUUUUGCUGAGAAGGCUGGUUCUUGCAUGUUGUAAAACUGUUAUAAAAAUGACCCAAACAUUUUGAUUAUAAAAAAGCAUUUGAAAAUAUUAAUGAUAAAAUGGAAAUAUAUAGAUGAAUGAGACCAAACUUGAAAAUAUUUCUCACCUCAACUAUUAAUUCAAUACAAUAUCCCUGAGAGAAAUGAAAAACUAGAAACACUCUUGGUAGUAGAAUAUAAUAGAAUAUUUAGAAUAAAAUAUUUAAUUAGUUCAACAACAAUACAGAUUCAUCCAUACAGUUGAACAACGUCAAAUUGGUAGUCAUUACAAUCAUCACUGUCAUAACAUUAUAUCAAUCUAAGAAUAUACUACUGUAUAAGAAUCAACUUUUAAAACUUGACAUUUAAUCAUUGAUCUAAAAAGACGAGAAUAAAAUACAUACUUAUAAAAUUACGCUAAUUGUCAUUGAGAAAUUCUUCUAUACUAUAGUAAGUCUUACUAAUAAAAAACCGGUAUUGAUCUGUUUUAAAUGUAGCUGACCUAUAAUUUAAAUAAGUUGGCAGUCUAUUUUAAAAUUUGGCAUCUAUAUAACUAGGUUUUUUCUCAUAAAGAGAACACUUAUAUUGUCUCUAUGUCUAGUAUUAUGAUGGUGAACAUCUGAGUUUGUCGUGAAAUUGCUGAUAUUUUUUGCUGAUAUAUAUCCGUGUCCCGUUCCAGCUAGUGCCGGGUCUCGGUAUGAACAAUGGGCCACACGAAUAAAACCAAAGCAUAUGCACAUGAGCAUGGAGCAUAAGGUUUUUCUCAUGAGCAUUAGGUAGAAGCAUAAGCAUUUGCACAUUUUUAUAUGAAUAAGCUUCACCUUAUACUCUUACCUUAUGCUCCUGAACUCUGGAGCAAACG